AUUGCCACUAAUGGGAUUAUUGCAGUGAAUGAACCUUCAAGUGAAGAAAAAUAUCUUGGUCAAUUCCCAGUGAGUUUUGGGGCUAUUGCUCCUUUUAUGGCUGACCUGGACACAACGGAUGGACAUGGAGAUGUGUAUUACAGAGAAGAUUCAUCCUCAGAUGUCUUGCAACUUGCAUCAGACUAUAUCAAAAGAGGUUUUCCUGAGGCUGCUUUCGAUCCCAACAGUGUUGUUGUUGUUACCUGGAAGCAUGUGGCUCCUUAUCAGGCACCGGGAGAAGAUCAUGCUUUGGAAGAAAAGAGAAACACAUUCCAGGCUGUUUUAGCCUCUUCUGACUCCAGUUCCUAUGCUAUUUUCCUUUAUCCAGAAGAUAGUUUGCAGUUCUAUAGCACCUACUCCAAGAAUGGUGGUGAAAAUAUUCCUGCUAUGGUUGGCUUUAGUCAAGCCUCUACAAACUACUAUUUUUGGGAAAAGCCAGGAUCCUACAAUGUCAUUGCUAAUGAUGAAGACAGCAUUAGAAACUUGUACAA